UUCCGCGUUGUGUGUCGUGUUUGGAACGUUGUUUCGCAUUGUUCAGUGUCCGUGUCCGUGUUCCAUGCAAAAUACUUGCCGAUCUACCGUUUAUCCGGUGCAACGAUUAAACAUUAAACAGCCAGCAAAACAACUCCUCGCCGACGCUUUUUUAUUGCGCUACAAAAACAAAAACGUAUGGCGUGUGUGUAGGCUCUGGCUCGCUCUCGGUAAAAUCAAGUGUCGAAGCAUUGGAUCAAACAGCAGCAACACAUUUGUUUAGCUAUUGACUGGACUUUUGCAGCUCGAACAACGUCACUAACAAUUGCUGCUGCUGCUGCUGCGCCUUGCGAGCUCGCGCCGUCUGGAUUCGGUGCAUGCAAUCGAUAAUACGACAGCGAGACUGCGUUUGUGCCAAAACUCAACAGCUGGCCGUAGAUUGGUGCGCUUACGAGGUGUGUGCACAGCAUAAAACGAACGGAACUGGAAAGCAAAAAACCACAAAGUUCCGUUGCCCCGUGGAGGAAGCUUCGGAUGGAUAAUUAGUGCCAGUUCUCGUCAGCAUCUGCUUAGUACAACAACCCAUCCUCUAUCGUGCAAACAUAAUUGUGCCUUGGUGCCCGCAACCGCAGAUAUACACGACGGGCGACUAGGGGGAAAAGUGUCCUUCGCUUUCCGCACCAACUUAAUAUCAUAGUUUGUGGGCAGGUGCGAGAGUGUUGUUUGAGAGCUCAGCAACCAAUUAAUGCCCGUGGUUACUUGGAGCAGCACGGGUCCUAUAGCAACGGCCGCGAUCCAUCCAUCCACAGCAACCAACAACGAAAGCAAAGAAACCAAGGGCAACACAUAGGAGCUUGUUGGUUAUUGUUGCUACGUAUCCCUAGGUGAGAGAGAGUGCAAACACCGCCGUCUGUUUCCCCGGGGGCUUUACUGGCGUGUCGUACUGCAAAGCAUUCAUACACGCAUCCAGCAAAACGGUCUCCUGCUUCCGUGAAGAGUGUGUGAAAACACACCGAAGUGUGCCAGAAAGUUAAAAAAGCCACCACAACACAACUUUUCCCAGCAUGGCGUCCGGAUCUGUGUCCGUUUCCACAGGAACAAAAACCACCAACAAAACUGGCAUGACCGGUACCGGAACGACGGGCGUCCCUACCGGUGGCACGGGUGGUGGUGCCGGUGGACGCAAAAAAUCCGGCCCCAAGUUUGAACUUUCCGACGAACAGCGGCAGGACAUUAAGGAGGCGUUCGAUCUGUUCGAUUCGGAGGGUACCGGUAUGAUCGACACGAAGGAGCUGAAGGUGGCGAUCCGGGCGCUUGGGUUCGAACCGAAAAAGGAGGAGAUUAAAAAGAUGAUUGCCGAAAUCGAUAAGGACGGUUCGGGGAAGAUAUCGUUCGAUGACUUCCUGCAGCUGAUGACGGUCAAGAUGGCGGAAAAGGACUCGAAGGAAGAGAUACUGAAGGCGUUCCGGCUGUUUGACGACGAUGAAACGGGUACUAUUUCGUUCAAGAAUCUUAAGCGGGUCGCCAAGGAGUUGGGCGAAAACCUAACCGACGAGGAACUGCAGGAAAUGAUCGAUGAGGCGGAUCGGGAUGGAGACGGGGAGGUUAAUCAGGAGGAAUUUCUAAGGAUUAUGAAGAAAACUAGCCUAUACUAAGCAGGAAGGGCCAUUGUAUUUUGGGAGGGUGGUUUAUGUUCAAAGAUACCAUCAAUGCAUUUACUUUGUUUGCAAAAAAAGCAGGGUUUCUAAUCGUAAUACAGGAAGGACAAUUCAUGAAAGCCAAAGCCCAACAUGGGAGUAAACUAGCUACCACAUUUCGGACGGAUACACAGUUGCACCCGUACGUCACACACAAGGGUAUAGAAGCGCUACAAAUGCGAUUUGAUUUUAUCAACGAAUUAGCAAAAUCAGCAACACACGUAAGACUAAGAAUCUUCCAUCGCAAUCUCCUUCACAUUCCACAUUCGCUAGGGCGUCGUCGGUAAAGGGUUUUAAACGUGUUGCAUUUCCCACAAUCACCAGAGCAGACAAAACAAAGCUUAACUGAAUUUGAUCACCACAAGGAAUGGCACAGUAAUAGCGGUUAUUUUUUCUCUCGAGCGAUUCAAGCGACAUAACUUGCACACUGUCUCUAUUCUUACGACUUAUUCCUCUUAAAGAGGCCAACACAAAACGCUAUUAGCAUCGCAAAAAAAAUAA